GUCUGCUGCUCCUGUGCUCGAGACUUUACGGUAAGCCGCUCCUCCCGCGCCCCCGCCCGCAGCCAGCUCGCGGCGAUCCCGAGCGCCGACGCCAGGCGCUGGCCGUGGUGCUGAUUCUGCCAGGAGCUGGCGGCGGCGGCCGCGCUCGUCCUCCCGCCGGAACCCCCUCGCUUCCCCGCGUCCACGUCCAGUCGGGCCCCUGCCCUCCCGCCGCGGCCCCCGCCCGGGGCGCGGCCACUGCCGUCACCAUGCGCCCCGAAACCCUGCUACUCCUGCCCGCGCUGCUGGCGCUCCUGGCUCACGGACUCUCCUCAGAAGCCUCAACCAUGGGGGAAAGGCCAGCCCCAGGCAUCGAGGAGAUGGAUGGGGAGCUAACAGUGGCCCCCACACCUGAGCAGCCAGAACAAGGAGUCCAUUUUGUCACGACAGCACCUACCCUAAAGCUGCUCAACCACCACCCACUGCUAGAGGAAUUCCUGCAAGAGGAGCUGGAGGGGGCCAAGGAGGAGCUUAGACUGGCACUGCCCUUCCAGCCUGACCCACGGACAGCAUUCACCCCCAGCCCUCUUCCCCGCCUGACCAACCAGGACAACCGCCCUGUCUUCACCAGCCCCACUCCGGCCAUGGCUGCAGAGCCCACGCAACCGCAGUCCAGAGAAGGACCCUGGAGCCUGGAGUCUGAGCCUCCCACACUUCACAUCACAGCACCGCUACCACCAGGGCCUGGCACUGCAGACCCCACCCCAGGCCCAGGGGAGACUCCCAGCACGACACUCCCUGGCAGAGCAUGGACUCCAACCCAAGAGGGGCCUGGGGACAUGGGCAGGCCUUGGGCUCCAGAGGUCAUGUCCCAGACCACAGGACUCGGGGUUGAGGGGACCAUUGCCACCUCAACGGCCUCCGGGGAUGAUGAAGAGACAACAACUACUACCACCAUCAUCACCACCACCAUCACCACAGUCCAGCCACCAGGCCCUUGCAUCCAGAAUUACUCUGGUCCAGCGGGUUCUCUGGACUCACCACCAGCCCUCAGCUUACCUCCUGAUGUUGGCCUGGAUUGUUUCUACUACAUCUCCGUCUACCCUGGCUUUGGUGUGGAAAUCAAGGUCCAGAAUAUCAGCCUGCAGGAGGGGGAGACAGUGACUGUGGAGGGCCUGGGGGGCCCUGACCCCCUGCCCCUGGCCAACCAAUCUUUCCUGCUGAGGGGACAAGUCAUCCGCAGCCCCACUCACCAAGCAGCCCUGCAUUUCCAGAGCGUGCCUCCUCCUGCUGGACCUGGCACCUUCCACUUCCACUACCAAGCCUAUCUCCUGAGCUGCCACUUUCCCCGACGUCCAGCUUACGGAACUGUGACUGUCAGCAGCCUACACCCAGGAGGCAGUGCCCGAUUCAGUUGUGCCACUGGCUACCAGCUGAAGGGUGCCAGGCUCCUCACCUGUCUGAAUGCCACCCAACCCUUCUGGAAUUCCCAGGAGCCUGUCUGCGUUGCCGCCUGUGGUGGAGUGAUCCGCAAUGCCACCACCGGCCGCAUUGUCUCUCCGGGCUUCCCCGGCAACUACAGCAACAACCUCACCUGCCACUGGCUGCUCGAGGCUCCUGAGGGUCAGCGGCUACACUUGCACUUUGAGAAGGUCUCCCUGGCUGAGGAUGAUGACAGGCUCAUCAUCCGUAACGGGGACAAUGUGGAGGCCCCGCCCGUGUACGACUCGUACGAGGUAGAGUACCUGCCCAUUGAAGGUCUGCUCAGCUCCGGACGCCACUUCUUCGUGGAGCUCAGCACUGACAGCAGUGGGGCAGCAGCAGGCAUGGCCCUGCGCUAUGAGGCUUUCCAGCAGGGCCACUGCUAUGAGCCCUUUGUGAAAUAUGGCAACUUCAGCAGUAGUGCACCCUCCUACCCUGUGGGGACCACUGUGGAGUUCAGCUGUGACCCUGGCUACACCCUGGAACAGGGCUCCAUCAUCAUUGAAUGUGUCGACUCCCAUGACCCCCAGUGGAAUGAGACAGAGCCAGCCUGCCGAGCCGUGUGCAGCGGGGAGAUCACAGACUCAGCCGGCGUGGUGCUCUCCCCCAACUGGCCAGAGCCCUACGGCCGCGGGCAGGACUGCAUCUGGGGCGUGCACGUGGAAGAGGACAAGCGGAUCAUGCUGGACAUCCGAGUGCUGCGCAUAGGCUCCGGCGAUGUGCUCGCCUUCUAUGAUGGGGAUGACCUGACAGCCCGGGUCCUCGGCCAGUACUCGGGGCCCCAUGGCCACUUUAAGCUCUUCACCUCCAUGGCCGAUGUCACCAUCCAGUUCCAGUCGGACCCUGGGGCAUCAGUGCUGGGCUACCAGCAAGGCUUUGUCAUCCACUUCUUCGAGGUGCCUCGCAAUGACACAUGCCCAGAGCUACCUGACAUCCCCAAUGGCUGGAAGAGCCCAUCACAGCCCGAGCUGGUACACGGCACAGUGGUCACCUAUCAGUGCUAUCCUGGCUACCAGGUGGUGGGAUCCAGCAUCCUCAUGUGCCAAUGGGACCUGACCUGGAGUGAGGAUCUGCCUUCUUGCCAGAGGGUGACUUCCUGCCAUGACCCUGGGGACGUGGAGCAUAGCCGACGCCUCAUAUCCAGCCCCAAGUUUCCUGUGGGGGCAACUGUGCAGUAUAUCUGCGACCAGGGCUUUGUGCUGACAGGCAGUGCCAUCCUCACCUGCCAUGACCGCCAAGCCAGCAGCCCCAAGUGGAGUGACCGGGCCCCCAAAUGUCUCUUGGAACAGCUCAAGCCGUGUCAUGGCCUCAACGCCCCUGAGAACGGUGCCCACAGCCCAGAGAAGAGGCUGUACCCAGCAGGGACUACUGUCCACUUCUCCUGUGCUCCUGGCUAUGUGCUGAAGGGACAGGCCAGUGUCAAGUGUGUGCCUGGGCACCCCUCGCACUGGAGUGACCCCCCACCUGUCUGUAGGGCUGCUUCUCUGGAUGGGUUCUACAGCGGUCGAAGCCUGGAUGUUGCCAAGGCACCAGCUGCUUCCAGCACCUUGGAUGCUGCUCACAUUGCAGCUGCCAUCUUCUUGCCACUCAUGGCCAUGGCGCUCUUGCUGGGAGGUGUGUACCUCUACUUCUCCAGAGUCCAGGGGAAAAGCUCCCUGCAGUUGCCCCACACACGCCCCCGUCCCUAUGACCGCAUCACCGUGGAGUCAGCGUUUGACAAUCCAACUUAUGAGUCCGGAUCUCUUUCCUUUGCAGGAGACGAGAGAAUAUGAAGUCUCCAUCUAGAUGGGGGCAGCCUGGAGAAGCCAGUAUCAUCCUACAUCACAGCCCAGCAACACAGCUUCUAGCGUCCUGUUAUUCCGCCACCUCCUGUACAUACACUGGGGGGGGGGAGGGAGGAGACACCACCAGUCCCUCAAGAAGCUGCACCCUUCCAUGCCUACAGUGCCCACCAGGGCCCAUUUUCUUGACACAACUGCCCACUUAUGGCCCUUCCUUGGACCUAAGACAGCUGGCAUUUGCCUAUGACAAGAACAUAGCUGGAACAUGUGUAUCAAGAAGCAGCAUUCUCCUGACCCUCCUUCACGCCCUGAACCUCCAGCCUGGAAUUCACAGCCAGAAAAGGAAUGUCUCUCUCCACAGCACCACUAUCCAGCCCUGGCACCCAGCACCCAGCAGCAGGGUUAACUUUACAGGGGCACAGACUGCACCAGGGUGCUCCUCACAGGGCCCACUCCAGUGGCCAACACUGGUCUCAGCAGUGACCUCUGAGUAAUCCUGGUAUGCUGGCAUCAGCCCCUCAUGAAGGUCUCUGAUCCUUUUUCCUAAGGCCCCAGGAAUGGACAGUUCUGCCUCCCAACCCUUCCUAUUGGAGGUGAUAAUUCUAUGGGAUUCUAAAGUCAAAGGGUUCUAAAGUUGGAUUCUACUCCAAGCUCAGAUUAGGUUUCCCUGGGUACACAUGCUUCUGACCAAAGCAGAAUACCCCAGCGAUCUUCUAGCCCUUGAAGAAAGGGAGACCUGUGAUGUCAACUGGCUAUUACAAACAUCUUCUUUCCCAUUCUUCCCUCCACUGACCCCAACAACUUACCAGACUUUACUCGGUUUUUGGGAUAUGGGGGUGGUGGUGGGAGUGUAGAAGGCAGGUAUAUUCUGGAAAGGGACCAAAGGUCCAGGUCUGACGAGUUUGUCAUUGUGAAGGGAAUCAGAGAGCCCCAGGGAGAGGUCCAGGAGCUAGCUGCAGACCACUUUGUACAUGUAAUGUAUCAUACAGGGUCUGGACUCCAGCCAGAGAACAAUCUUCUAUUUCUGUUGUUUCCUUAUUAAAAGAGUGUUUUUGGAAGAAA